UGGAAAUUGAGGAAUUGAGGAAUUGAGGAAUUGAGGAAUUGAGGUUCCACCGCGACAGUUCCCGAGUAUUCCACCCACGCAGCUGCAGUUGCUAGACCACCACCAUGUCAGCAGCUGCGGGACACGCCCUUCGGCUAUGCUUUCGAACAUGCCGGCAGGUCCCGGUCGCGGCUACCAGUGCGAGCCCGAGAGUCGGGACCCCAUUACGCCAUAGCAUCGUCCAACGUCGAGCGUUCACGACCACCCAGACGCGAUGGGCCCGGGAUGGCGCACGUGGCGAAGAAGGAGACGAUCACGCGCCCAGCCCUUACAACCAUCUCGAGGAUGCCUUCGAGGAUUUGUCGCCAGAACAGCUGAAGACGCUCGAGGAGAUCGUCAGGGAAGGGAGCGCGGAGGGAGAGGCCCUCACGCUCACCAAGUUUCUCGAGAGCGAGGAGCCCGAACUCCGCGCGGGGCAUUCUUCCGAUCCCGAGGACAAAGUUAUUACCGCGCGGGCGAAAAUCAACAGGAGGUCUUUCUGGUACGACGAGGACGACCCUGACACCAUAACGGAGGACGUGGGCGACGAGUUUGACGAGAACGACAUUACUUCCAUGGCGCAUGGCAAGCUUGACGAAAUUCGGGAGUACAGACACUAUGCCCGGGUUGCGGUGUGGGAGAUGCCACUUCUAGCCAAACUGGCCAAGCCCUUUGAGCCGCCAACAUCGGAUCAAGUUCUUCGGUUCCGAUACACGACGUAUAUGGGAGAGUCCCAUCCGGCGGAGAAGAAGGUGGUGGUGCAGUUCUCGCCGUCAGACCUCGACCUCACCCCGGUACAGCGGGAGAAGCUCAGGAAGCUGGCCGGACCUCGUCUGAACCCUCAGAAGGACAUCAUCAAGAUGAGCUGUGAGAGCUUCGACCACGCCGCGCAGAACAAGCGCUAUCUGUCGGAGCUGGUGGACAAGCUGGUUGCCGCAGCAAAGGACCCGAGCGAUACAUUUGAGGACAUUCCUCUGGACACGCGACACCACAAGGUGGAGAAGAAGCCCAAGUUCCCUAAGGAGUGGCGAAUGACGCCUGAGCGGAAGAAGGAACUGGCGUCCGUGUGGAAGCAGGCGAUGCUGGUGGAUGCCGGAAAGGCGGCCGAGGCCCAGCUGACCGAGGGCGACAAGGCCAAGGAGCAUGAGGCCGUCACCAAGGAGACCGUGGCAGAAUUGCUGGCCGCACAGCGAGGACCGACUAACGCGCGGAGCGGCAGAGAGAGAGCAUUUUAAGGGCAUAGCCCAGCUAUCCCCUCUGGAGGAAGAUAUUUGCACUGAAAGCUGGGAGGCACGCAUCUUAACUUCAUUGCAGGGGUGGAAGGGAUAGAUGGUCGCUGGAACUGAGGAUUUCAGCCGUGUAACAAGUCAUGUAUAUCGACCGUGUACUUAUACUAGAACACAAACUGUUCACAUACCUACCU